UCUAUUUUCACAAAAUACUGCCUUUAGAACCUGUAGAGAAAAGCUAAAAUGGUACAGCUCCCAUCAGAUUUAAAUUCAUACCGAAUCCAGAUGAAAAAUGUGACUGAAUUAAACAUGUUUAUACUGAUAGGCUUUACGGAUGAUUUAGAGGUGCAAGUCUACCUAUUUUUACUUUUUCUGGCAAUCUAUCUCUUUACACUGGUAGGAAAUUUAGGACUGGUUAUGUUGGUCGUUGUGGAUUCCCGGAUCCAAAACCCAAUGUACUAUUUUCUCAGUGUCUUAUCAUUCCUGGAUGCCUGCUAUUCUUCAGUGGUCACUCCAAAAAUGUUGAUUAAUUUCCUGUCAGAGAAUAAAACCAUUUCCUACCUUGGAUGUGCAGUACAAAUGCUUCUCUUUGUUACUUUUGGGACCACAGAAUGCUUUCUCUUGGCUGCAAUGGCGUAUGAUCGCUCUGUGGCCGUCUACACCCCCCUCCGGUAUUCAGUCAGCAUGGCGCCCAGGGUCUAUGUGCCACUCAUCAUUGCUUCCUAUGUUGGUGGCGUCUUGCAUGCUUCUGUACACACCGUGGCUACUUUCAGCCUCUCCUUCUGUGCCUCCAAUGAAAUCAGACAUGUCUUCUGUGACAUCCCUCCCCUCCUCGCUACUUCUUGCUCUGACACUCACACAAACCAGCUUCUGCUCUUCUAUUUAGUGGGCUCCAUUGAGAUAGUCACUGUCCUGAGUGUCCUGAUCUCCUAUGGUUUCAUUCUGUUGGCCAUUCUAAGGAUGCGUUCUGCUGAAGGGAGAAGGAAAGUGUUUUCUACAUGUGGCUCUCACCUAACUGGAGUGAGUAUUUAUCAUGGAACUAUCCUCUUCACAUAUAUGAGGCCAACUUCCAGCUAUGAUUCAAACCAUGACAUGAUCGUGUCAACAUUUUACACCACUAUCAUUCCCAUGCUGAAUCCUAUCAUCUACAGUUUAAGGAAUAAAGAUGUAAAAGAGGCAAUGAAAAAAUUGUUGAGAGAAGUUGAACUGAUACUGAAUCUGAAA